AUGGUGGUUUCGCUGAAUAUGUGGGUUCUGAUCUCAAAUUUCAAGUUGGCAUACAAUCUUCUUUGUCGUCCGGAUGGCACUUUCAACCGGGACUUGGCAGAGUUCCUUGAUCGGAAAGUUCCAGCAAAUGCGAACCUCGUGGAUGGAGUGUUCUCUUUUGAUGUCAUUGUUGACCGUGAAACCAAUCUCCUUACGCGAAUCUAUCGUCCUGCUGAGGGAGAGAAGCGUCCAGUGAGCAUUCUUGAGCUUGAGAAACCUGUGAGCUCUGAGGUUGGUCCUGUCAUCAUAUUCUUCCACGGUGGAGGGCGUGGAGGGCGAGGGGCAGAGACAGGAAGCUUCUGGAACGCCGUAGAAGACGAAGUUAGGUUCAACUUGAAAAAUGAAACAACGUGGCACGACAGCUGGCAUCAAAUCCGGCCUCGCUAUUAUAAAGAUGAAAUUUCUAAUGAAAUAAGUGAUGAAGUGGUAAAAGUUAAAUGA